AUGCAGAUCACGGUUCAAUCUAUUUUCGUCGCGGCUGCAAUCGCAACUAGCGCCGGAGCAUCAGUUAUCUCCUCGAGCGCUUUUGCUGAGACCACAUUUUUCGCCACAAGUUCGGCUUUCGGGGCCCCACCAGAGGCUACUGUGUCUGCAAAUGCUACAGUCAUAGCUACGAGCGCAUUCUUCUCGGAUAACAGCACUUUCCCCACCAGCUCGGCCUUCUCGUUCAACCACACCUUCCCCACCAGCUCUGUUUUCUCGUACAAUGGCUCCUUCCCCACAAGCUCAGCUUUCUCGGAUAACAGUUCCUUCCCCACCAGCACAGCAUACCCUAUCACACUCAGCUCGUACUCGGCCGCUCCAACCACGUUCAUCCAACCGUCUUACACCUCCAGUGGCGUUCAGAAUGCCACUAGCACCGCGGUGUUCACGUUCACCUACGUGCCCAUUGCCACAGUCACCGUGACUAAGUAUAAGACCAAGUACAUCACCCUCUACCCGCCCAUCACAGCCAGCUCCUUCAGCGGCUUCCCCAUCUCAUCCGUUUCCGUCUCUGCCUUCCCUACCUUUUCCGUUAGCGCCAGUGCCGUAUUCCCAACCAUUUCCGUCACCGCACAUCCUGGCUUCCCUACCGUUUCCGGUAGCGCCCAUCCUGGCUUCCCUACCGUUUCCUUCAGCGCGAAUCCUGGCUUCCCUACAUUUUCCGUCAGUGCCAAUCCUAGUGAUGACAUCUCGUCCCCCCCUUCAGCUACUGUCACUGCAUGA